UUUUCUCUCUUCUUUAUCAUUCAGUCAUUCCAGAAGAGACGGGAAUUAGCGAUGGGUGAGAAGGAAAACAACCAGAAGGAAGGCGGUGAGAAGAAGGGUGAAGAUAAGAAAAACGAUGGUGGAAAGAAGGAAGAUGGAUCGAUAACUGUGGUUUUGAAGGUCGACUUGCAUUGCGAAGGAUGUGCAAAGAAAGUGAAACGGGCUGUGAAGGGUUUUGAAGGUGUUGAAGAAGCGAAGUGUGAUUUCAGCACUAACAAGCUGACGGUGAUAGGGAAGGCAGACCCAGUGAAGCUCCGGGAGAGGGUAGAGCAGAAGACAAAGAAGAAGGUUGAACUCAUCUCCCCUUUGCCCAAGAAAGACAAAGACGGUAAAGAUGCUGGUGGCGGUGAUAAGAAGACGGAACAAAAAUCGGAGAAGAAACCAGAUGACAAGAAAAACAACAAGCCGCCUCAGGCAACUACAGUAGUUUUGAAGAUCAGAUUGCACUGCGAGGGUUGCAUCCAGAAAAUUCGCCGGAUCAUAUCCAAAUAUAAAGGCGUAGAGAACGUGAGCUUUGACUCGGCAAAGGAUUUGGUGACGGUGAAAGGAAUAAUGGAUGUGAAAAGUAUGACGCCUUACCUUAAGGAAAAACUUAAAAGACCUGUAGACGUUGUUCCGGCGAAGAAAGACGAUGAGAAGAAGGACAAAGAGGGUGGAGAAAAAAAGGACAAGACCGCCGGCGGUGGUGGUGGUGGUGGUGGCGGAGAGAAGAAGGAGAAGGGUGGUGGUGGUGGUGGUGGCGGAGGAGACGACAAAGGUUCCGGCGGAGGAGAGGGUGGCAAGAAAGAAGAACAGCCCAAGGUUGAAGGGAAUAAGCUCGAUUACUAUCCUGGACCGUACAUGGUGGAGUACGUUCACGCUCCUCAGCUUUUCAGCGACGAGAACCCAAACGCCUGCUCUAUUAUGUGAACGUGAACGAGACUUUCUGGACGACUUUUGAGUAGAGAGAA